AUGAGUUCACCAACCAGCGACCCAGACCUGGUGCGUCGCUUCAUGAACAGACCUCAGCACUCACCAUUCACAGGGAACUCAAACACAGCAGCACCAGGCUCUGCAGAAGUCAGGACACCCUUUAGCGAGAAACGACCUACGCCUUCUGCCACACCCCCGACCCCUUCUCGACUCGGUCCUGGAAGCUCAUUUCAGCCUUUGUGGUCAGGGUCAGAGAAUGCAAGCCCUGCUAUGUACGAGUCGACGCGGAAAAAGUUGAGGGACACACAGUACGAAUUGUCAAGCACCAAGACAGAACUGGAGCGAAAGAUCGUCACCAUGGAGCAGGCUGCGCGUGAAUCCGACAUUCUGAAGCGGAAGCUGAUGGCUAGAGUCGACUCGUUGGAGAGCGAUCGUCGGUUCUUGUACGAGCAGGAGAGGAGUCUUACCAAGAAGGUCCAAGCUCUUGAGGAGGACUCGAUACAGUCCAAGAUGGCAUCAAAUGAGAUUAUCAAGGAUCUGCGGGAUGAGAACAUGAGCAUUAAGGAUCGCCUUUCGCAAACACAGGAGGAGAGUCGCGAGAAGCAAAGUGAAUUGACCCAACGAGUCCGGACUCUCGCCGCAUCCCUAACACAUCAACAACAGACGCUCGCAGAGACUCAGGACAGUAGUCAUUCCCAGAGCAGCCUUGUCGCAGAAAAACACCAAAAGCUGGUCGAGGCUCUUGACAGGAUUAUGGAACUGGAAGACCAAAACAGACAACUGAAGCUCAAUACCCAAGGGAUGGAGGAUGUCGUACGAGUCCAGAAGGAGCUUCAGAACCAGGUCGCCUAUAUCAAGCAGCUCGAAGGCACCAACCGGCAAUUGACAACAGAAUGCAAGCACUUGAAGGACACGUACAGGAAUGUUGAGGUGCUCAAGGAGGAGAAAUUGAGUUUGGAACAGAAGCUGAAGUUGAUGGACGACCUUCGUAUCAAGUGCGGGAAAUAUGAGGUGCAGAACGGCGUUCUUCUCAAGGAAAAAGAGCAAUGGACUGCAUUCUUGGAAAAGUCGGACAAGACGGAUUACAACUCGCCUUAUGAACUUGCCAAGAUGAUUGCGACUCUGCGCGGAGACAAGGCGGCAUUGGUGGAGGUCAGGGAUGAGUUUCAGGAGGCCCUCAAGGCACGCGACGCGUACAUUGAGCAGUUGGAGCAGCAACUUUCAGAACUCAAGACGAAACUGGUUGAACAAGAGGAGUUCUGUGCGAAACUGAGCUCUAUCGCGCGUCGACACGAGAUGACCAAGGAUUUCGCUCUUCGUCAAGUCGAGAGUCUGAAGGAACAGCUGAAAUCGUAUGAUACGGAGGAGGUUCAGUUGAUGGGAGGCUCGUACGAUAACCAAAAGAAUAUCAGGAUUGAACAACUGGAAAAACUAGUUCAGGAGUGCCAAGCUAAGUUGGAGAGCAUGGCUGCCAGCGCCAACAGCGCGGCCGAGGAGUCAUCUGCAGGAUCAGCUGCUACGCUAGCAUUCUUGCAAACAAUUCAAAACCAGAGUUCUGUCACCUUCAGCAAGCUUUGUGCCGAGAAACAAUCCCUUGUGGAAUCCAAGCUGGCGAUUCAAAGCGAGUUGGAGUUAUUGCGCAAGGAGAACUCUUCAUUGGAUGCCAAGAUUCUGGAGCACGAGAUCGCCAUUGGAGCAGGAGCCUUCAACCCAGCAAUAUCCCGAGUCUUGGAAAUCAAAGAUAGUCCUGCAGCUAGACACCAGGCCGUCCGACAGCAGAUGCUUGAUGCCCUGAAGGAGGAGAAUGCAGCUCUCUUGCAGUCCCUCACUGGCCUGCAACAACAACAACAGUCAGCUGGACACCUACUUGGACUACAGCAGGAAGCCUUUGGUGAUCAGGAGGUUGCCCUUCAAGACAAGAAUGUUGUCCCCGCUGCCAGCUACAAUCGUCUCUUGGGAGACUUUAAGCUGUUACAGGAGGAAUUCGCUGAUAAUGACAAACGCUCCAAACGUCUCAAGCAGUCGUGGACACUCAAGGCAGACGAAUUCUUGGAUGCGGUUCGGUCGCUUUUGGGCUACAAGGUCAACUUUUUGGACAACGGACGGGUAGAAUUGAUCUCAGUCUACAAUGCUGAAGAGCAACAAUCGUUUGUGUUUACGUCUGGUCAAAACGACGAGGGCACGAUGCAACUGAUCGGAUCCGGAAGCCAAAAGUAUAUGGAGGAGCACAAGGAGUCGUUUGACCAUUGGGUGAACCAACUGGGAAGCAUCCCUGCGUUCUUGAGUCGAGUGACCUUGGAUCUGGUGGAGCAGCAGGCACAUCAACUGCGGGUACAGGAACAACAGCUACAACAACAUCCGCAUUAUCGGCCCUUCCAGUCCUUAGUGGAGGACGAUGAUGAUACUCAAAACUCGGACAUGAUGGUUGACCCCUAA